AUGGGGAACAGCCGGAGCGGGGCCCUGUCCCGGGAGAUCCUGGAGGAGCUGCGGGUCAGCACCAAGUUCGACGAGGAGGAGCUGUGCAGCUGGUACCGGGCCUUCGUGAGCGAGUGUCCCAGCGGCCGCAUCUCCCGCCGGGAUUUCGAGAGCAUCUACGGCAGGUUCUUCCCCGACGCCGACCCCUCGGCCUACGCCCAGCACGUCUUCCGCAGCUUCGACACCAACAGCGACGGAAGCCUGGAUUUCAAGGAGUACGUGGUCGCCCUGCACAUGACCACGGCCGGCAGGGCCGACCGCAAGCUGGCCUGGGCCUUCUCUCUCUACGACGUGGACGGGAACGGCACCAUCAGCAAGAACGAGGUCCUCGAGAUCGUCCAGGCCAUCUUCAAAAUGAUCAGCGCGGAGGACCAGAAGCAUCUCUCCCAAGACGAGGACACUCCGGAGAAGAGGACGGAGAAGAUAUGGAUGAGCUUUGGCAAGACCGAGAACGACAAACUGACGGAGGAGGAGUUCGUUCAAGGGAUCUGGCCAACCAAGAAAUCUUGCGGCUGAUCCAGUUCGAGCCCCGGAGAGCCAAGGACAGGGUCCAGGAGGAGAAACCCUGACCGCUCUUGAUCUCCCCGUCCCGCCCGGCUUCCCGGCCCCCGCCGGAACCCCGUAUUGCCACGUCCGCCCUCCUGGGUUAAUCCCGGGAUUGGCCCUAGUUAAUGAGCAGUAGUCUGAGCUCGGCAAGACCCAAGGUCACCCACCCCCGGGUCAGCUCGCCAGCCCCAUCCACGACCUCCC